AUGGAGGCUAGUGAGAAUGCCACAUGGAUUGUAGCAAAUGAAGAAGGGGGAACAUACAUUAUAAAUGAAAAGGAUGUCGCACAAUUGCCAUCAUCAAAUGUAUCCCUUUUCACAAAAUGUGAGAAGGAAUUCACCAACAAAAUCACCAAGAAUGAGCAACAGAGGGAUGGUUGGAUGGGAGGUGUUGGAAUGCAAAAGUGCAGACAAGAUGAUGAAACAGCUGUCCUUGAAGAUCUUUACAUCCGUAGAUUCAAAGAUCUUGCUGAACCAAUCCUUAUAACUCAACAAGAUCUGAUGCAUGAAUUAAACACACUGUCAUUUAGAACACUUGAUCAUGAAGAUGGGAUCAAUCCAGACGGCUACGGUGGCAAUCUGACUUUUACCUUGGAUCAGUUUUGUGGCGUAGCUCAUACAGAUCAUGAUGUUCAAAAUUCAUGGUCUCAGGGAUUAUUUUUUCCAGCCAACAAAGAAUUAUGA